CUACGUGACGGUAAAGCGGCCGUUGCCUGUCUCGAUCGGGCCGCGCGCCUGGCCAAUGAUUUCAUGGACAAAACAGUUCGUGCACAGCUGUUUAUCGAGAUUCUCAAUCACGCCAUCAAUCUUCGAAUGUCCGAUUGUCAUGAGUUGCGCUUACUUUGGUCCUUGCAAACGGGCAAAUUACCAUUGUUGUGUAAAACAGAAACCGGAACGAUGGAAUGGGGGAUAGCUGGUUAA